UCUAGCAAAGCAUUUAAACUGUUUUAUUUCAUAUUGAAAAUCGUCGUCUUAAAGUAAAAUUCAGCAGUUGUUUGAUUUAUUUUCCUUCUUAGUCCUGUGGAUGAAUCUUCUAGCGUUUAUCUUUUAUGAUUGAUGAAUUUUCAAACCAUUAUAUAACAUUAUAUAACACUUGCAUUGCAGCGGGCAUCUAAGUUUUAAGUUUUCUUUUUUUCAUCAGUGUAUCACUCUUCUAACAAGUUGUUUCUUGCUGCAUAUUGGAUUUCCUCUCCUAUCUUAAAUAUCAAAAUGUUUAGAAAUCUAUAUCUUCUAAGCUGUGGCCGUUGCAUUUGGGGCUGUUACAGAAAAAAAUUACACACUAGUACCUGUCAAGUGCUGUAUUCAUUUCGAGACAAAGAUUUUCCUAACCCUAAUCUUCCAACACCAGUAAGCAGGCUACAAAGUGCUGAACCAGAUCUUUUGCUGGAACAACUUCGAAAAGCAAAAUCGGUACCUAAAGUUCUAGAAAUGGUAUCUCUGCAUCUGGAUGUAAUGAACAGCAAACAUAUUGUGACAUGUAUGGACAUCAUUCAUGCUUUUCUAAAAAACAACAGUGAACUUGGUCCGCAGUUGCUUCAAGAUCAUACUUUUCAGGCAUUGUGUACACGUUUGAUGAAAACUGUUCGCUUCAUGGAUACCUUUGAAAUAAUAACCAUUUACAAAACUUUGACAGCUCUUGAUGUUCGUAGCAAUACAUAUGUCAUGAAAUGUGUUUUGAAAAUGAUUGGCUCUCAACUGAAUGAUAUGACAUUAAACCAAUUGACUUUUCUAAAUUAUCUGCUGAGCAAACAAGGACCAAAUUCUUUAGUUGAUGGCUUAAAGUUGGCUCUUCCACUCGUUUUGCAAGUCCAAAUAGACCAACAACUUGACUCGGAUGAUAUGAAUGAAGUUGUUGAUUGUCUUCAAAUAGCAUGCAAGUCACGAUUAAAGCCUGCUACUAUACAGAAAAUUGUAAAUACCAUAUUGCAGAAAACUUCAGUCUUGACACCUGAUAAUGCUGUUUCAAUUAUCUUUGCUUUUCUUAAUCUUGAGGUUCCAGUUGAUGGGUAUAAAGAAAUUCUAAAGAGUGCAUUUGAUGUUGUAUCCAGAAACGUAGACCAGCUCUCCGAAAAGCAGCUUACGUUCCUAAUCAGAACCUGUAGAGGUCAAAGCUUCUAUCAUAGUCCAUUUCUAUUCGCAGCUACAAAGAGAGUGAUUUCUGAUAGAUUUAGUUUGAGUUCAACUUACGACAUUAUGUGCAAUUUUAAUCGACUGAACUUUUGUCCUUCAGAUUUUAAGGAUUUUUUUACUGAAAUGAUUUGUGCGGAGUCUGAACUUUUGAGGAGGGACAUUUCAUAUUCACCUCUGAAUUGCACUGAAUUCCUCACCGCUUCAGGAUACCAACCAUCUCGUAUUUUAGAGGCUUUUGAAGUAUUAUGUUUUUGCAGCAGACAACUGACUACCUUUAUAGAGAAGUAUCCUUACCUGUAUAUAAAAUUUGUGUGUUCUGUUAGUACAUUUGGCUACUUCCCCCACGAUAUGUUGUCUAAAGUUCUUGAAGAAGAUUUCUUGUAUGAAUCUUGGUCUCAAAGCAAAAAACAAGGUCGUGCUGGAGAUUUUGAAAAAAGUAUUUUUAAUUUGCUGUGGAGUUUAGAAAUUUACAAUCAACUUGACAGAUACAAAAUUCCCGAGUCACUGGUCAAAAAGUUGACACAAGGUAUCAAUCAACGUAAUUUGAAUUUUGAGUGCUCACUUACAAAGUUCCUUGAAGUUGGAUUAGGUGGAUCUCAAUUUGUUUUGAGUGGAGUUCUUACUCAUGAUGGACAUAUCAUUGAUCACAUACUUGCAAUGAGAAGUGGAAAUUAUCCUGUGGCUCUUCCAACAUCUAAUUUCAACAGGGCAAAUGAUAAACCAACUAAGCAACUGACACCAUUGGAAAAUAUCGCACUUGCUGAUGAUGCCAAAAUUGUUGCUGUCAUUGUUGGCAAUGAAACUGCAUAUUGCAAAGACCCAGAAGUUUUAAAUGGUUGGAUGGAUUUGAAAGUUAGAAAUCUAGCCUUUAAGAAGUAUAAUCCUGUUGUUAUUAAUUAUGCAUUGUGGAGGAAUCUGCCUGAUCGAGAAAAAAUUCCUUAUUUGAUGCGUGAGAUCAAAGAAGCUGUUAGUGAAGAUGCAGAAGUUAGAUCCAAUUUAACGAGAUGAGAUGUUACCUUAGCACAGAA